CGAGAAUUCGUACCGCCAGUCUGAGAGAGGAAGAGGACCUGAUCAUCUCUCCCACUCUUCGCUACCCGCUUUCCAAUUUCAGACCUCCAACUUCACUUUAUUUACGGAAACUGCCACUCUGUCCCGGCCUUCCCCUUCGUCGUCCUCCCGGUGCGAUCCCCACUCCGCACGAUCUCACUUCCACCGAGCUUCCUCUCUGUCGCCGGGAGCAAAGUUUCGGCUUUGGUCGGCGGCAAUGGCGCAUUGUUCGAGCAGGCAGCUCAGUGACUCGCUCUCUCUCCCCUAGGUUUUCAGCUGGUUCUGCUCAAUGGAGGUUUCUCCGAGCUGGUGCACGCAGAGACGCCGCUUUUCGCGCUUCGAGAAGGCAAUGCGAAGUCUGGCCUAGUUGGUCGGCGGGUUGGAGCACCGAGUUCGAGCUGCAUUCGAGCUUGAUUUCAGAUCUGGGGUUGUCAAUUUCCGUUUCUGGAAGCUUCCUUCGCUGUAAAUUAUUGGUGUGGGUUGGGUCGGAGGUGUGAGUGCGAAGCUAAGUUAGGUCUUCUUAUAUAGAAAGCUGAGUUAGGUUUCAGUCAGUUCAGCUUGAUAUCUAUUGCUGAUCUUAUCUGGUCGGGCUUCGGAUUUUGAGGGAUGAACGGUAGCUUUAGGGCACUGGAACCGCAAAUGCUGGGGCAGAGACGCCAGCAGGCGAUGAAGGAUAAAGAGGAGGAGCUCCAAUUGUUCCUCGAGAUGCGCAAGCGCGAGAAGGAACGCAGCGAUCUCCUCCUUAACAACGCCGCAGAAUUCGAUGCUCCCUUGGGAUCAAAGCCUGGGACUUCUCCAAUCUUCAAUCUUGCCCCAUCGGCAGCACCACGGAAACUUGCUACUGAUGAUUUUUUAAAUGCCGAUAGUGAUAAGAAUGAUUACGAUUGGCUUCUCACACCACCUGGUACUCCCCUUUUUCCUUCUUUGGAGAUGGAAUCACAGAAGACACUCAUGAAUCAGCUAGGUACUCCAAAGGCUCGUCCAACCGCACUUAAAUCUAGAUUGGCAAAUGCCCAGGCGGAACCUGUCACUACGAGAAGCCUAAUGUCUAGACAACCAGCUUCAUCUCCGGGAUUGAACUCUUCCACAGCAGGUGCUCGAAGGCCCUCAUCUUCUGGUGGCCCAGGAUCAAGGCCUGCAACUCCAACAGGUCGGCCCACACUAACCACUUCCUCUAAAUCCUCGAGACCCUUGACGCCUACCUCGAGACCAACACUAUCUUCGAGCAGAUCUACUCUCUCUUCAACUAGGCCUUCACUUUCUACCACCAAGUCAGCCGCUUCAUUGACUAAAGCUUCUGUUUCAGCAACUAAACCAGCUGUUUCAGCAGCUAAACCAGCAGUUCCUUCAAGGUCGUCCACUCCAUCAAGGUCCACUGCUAGAUCUUCCACUCCAACUUCACGACCCUCUGUUCCCCCUCCAAAACCUGCCUCAAGGUCUGCUACCCCAACACGCCGAGCUUCCACUCCAUCAAGUGCACCGAGCAUAUCUGGCCCCCCAAGUAGACCAUCCUCUUCAGUGUCAAAACCUUCUGCUCCUGCAACUUUGAGAAAUCCUGUAACAUCACGUGGGGCCUCCCCAACGGUGAAAUCCCGACCAUGGAAACCCUCAGAGAUGCCUGGUUUUUCCCUUGAAGCUCCACCUAACUUAAGGACAUCAUUACCUGAGGGGCCGCUUUCAGCAACUCGGGGUAGACCAGGAGCACCCAGUUCUCGAUCCUCCUCUGUAGAGCCAGCUCUGCCUGGGAGACCGAGGAGGCAAUCAUGCUCUCCCUCGAGAGGACGCCUUGCCAAUGGUGUUCUUCAUCCUAGUGGAAGCUCUGUUCCUGCAAGGAACCGUAACCAUACCAAAGUCACUGACAACAUUAGCCCCGUUUUAAUGGGAACAAAGAUGGUGGAAAGGGUGAUGAACAUGAGAAAGCUAGCACCUCCUAAGCAAGAUGAUAAGCAUUCUCCUCACAGUAACUUGUCUGGAAAGUCGGCUUCAUCUCCUGAUAGUUCAGGAUUCGGGCGGACUCUCUCCAAAAAAUCUCUGGAUAUGGCGAUAAGGCACAUGGAUAUAAGACGGAGCAUUCCUGGGAACUUGCGGCCGCUGAUGACAAAUAUUCCAGCUUCCUCCAUGUACAGCGUGAGAUCAGGGUCAGGGCCCACAAGAAGCAAUAGAACCAUUAGCGUGUCAGAUUCACCCCUAGCCACAAGCAGCAAUGCCAGUUCUGAAGUGAGCGUGAACAACAAUGGUCUCUGUGGGGAUGGGCGCGAGCUGGAAGACGAUAUAGGGAGCGAGAGGGAUGGGCUUUCCCCUGCAAGUGUGCGAGGCCGGCGAUUGUGACAAUCGAACCGAACCAAGCGCUCUCCCCUUCUAAGAGGACUGACCCCAAGAUGUAGUAGUACUUUGGUGAGAGAUUAGCGUAGGAAAUGGCCUGGUUUGUCUGUAUCGAUUUGAAUACGAAGUUAAGUUGUAUCAACCCAUGGAUGACGAGAUUAUUAUGUACAAACUUGACGGUGGUUGUUUGCGUAUGAUCAAACACCGUGAAUUGUAGCACUCUCGUUUGUAAGUUGUCCUUGGCCAAGGUAAUGGAAUCUGAGUGUGCUAUUUUCUGAUUAGGUUA